AUGUCUUACAUUGCUAAAGUAAUGGAAUCCAUAACUGGUGUGCUUCAAGAUGAUUGGAAAUCGUAUUCAGUCAUCAUCGGUCACAAAGGGGAUACAAUAAGUCCACUCUCUUUACUAAAUAUCAAAAAAACAGAAUUGGAAUUCUCCGGAGUUAAACCUGAAUCUGGAACGGCUGUGACAGAUUAUGCAAUCGCAGCAAAGGCACUAAUGGUAUACCGAAUAGCCCAAGCCCCUGCAGCUCAAAUGGGUUACAAAGCAGAGUUAGUUCGAAGAAUUGGGGAAGUAUUCAAAAUGGAACCAUUCAAUUUGGACUCAACUGCUGGAGUAAUGAAUGUUCCACACUGGAUACAAGACCAGGACUACUGCAUCCUAGUCUCUGCUGUGGACAUGUUCUUUAGAAAAUUCCCCAAUCAUAAAUUUGAAAAAUAUCGAGCAUGCACACUGGGUACAUUCCUCAAAGAUUGUGUGGUCAUCACUUCUCUUAAUCAAGCAGCCCAAUGUCUCUCUAUAGAACCAGCUGUAUUACUUCAAUAUGUAUUUAGCAAAGACAUUGCAGAUGAUGUCCGACGACUAAUUGGAGGAGGACCACAUGAAGAAAAGAACGUUGACCAUUCAUAUUUCCAAUAUAUGAGAGAGAUGAAUCUGAUACCGAGAUCCCCCUACUCAGCAUCUAUCAAUCCUAACCUGUUCACCUGGUGUCAGUUCAUCGGAGUUCUGAUGGGCAAAAGACGUUCGGUCCAUGCUAGAUUACUGGACUGUUUCAGUCCGUCAAUGCUUCUUGUGUAUGCCUCUUAUGUUGUGUAUUACAUCUCGUGA